CAAAGCGCUUCAUCGUCCACAAGCCCCUUCCCCGCCACGGCGUCGUUUCCGCGUUGCUUCCCCGGCCCAUCUCAUCUCCUCCCUCUCUUUGAUUAUUCUUGCGCUCCCUACCCGAGAGGUCAGGACUCAAGACUGAGGAGAAAGAAAAGUCCAGCCCAACUCUCUCGUCUCGACAUCUCUCUCUUCUUAACGCCCGUCCAGGUCUCGCCGCCAUUGCGUCAGGGAGUCUCGGAACCCCGGUUCUUGGACAUCCUCGCAGGUCUGGUUCGUCUGCCGGGGGCUCCUCUCCUCUCGUGGUCGAUCCUGGUUGAUCGUCAUUGAGUUAAAGGGAACAUGUUUCGGAAAAAGCAAGCUUCUCAUUUCGAUUCAGAUGAUGCUGAGCAGAGACAAGCAAAGAUCAAGGAACUAAAAGCUGCACUUGGGCCUUUUUCUGCCCGUGGAAAGAAAUAUUGUGAUGAAGCAUGCUUGGUAAGAUAUCUCGAGGCCCGCAACUGGAAUGUUGACAAGUCUAGAAAAAUGCUGGAAGAAAGUAUCAAGUGGAGGGCCGCUAAGAGACCUGAGGAUAUUCGCUGGCCGGAUGUUUCCGUUGAAGCAGAAACGGGUAAAAUGUACAGGGCCACUUUCACAGAUAGAGAGGGGAGAACCGUGGUUGUAAUGAGGCCUGCAAAGCAGAAUACAUCGUCUCACGAAGGGCAGUUGCAAUAUCUUGUAUAUACCUUGGAGAAUGCAGUCCUCAGCCUGCCUGAAGGUCAUGACAAAAUGGUGUGGCUGAUAGACUUCACAGGAUGGACACUGGCCCAUGCAACCCCCUUCAAGACUGCCAGAGACUGUAUGAAUGUCCUGCAAAACCAUUACCCGGAGAGGCUUUCAAUUGCGUUUCUGUUCAAUCCGCCCAAAGUAUUUGAGGCUUCUUUUAAGGUUCUCAAAGUACUGGUUGACCCGAAAUCAGCCCAGAAGCUGAACUUCGUGUACAAGGAGAACGAAGAGAGCAUGAAGACAAUGUACAGCCACAUUGAUCCAGAAGUCCUUCCUGUGGAGUUUGGAGGGAAGAACAAUGUCGUGUACAACCAUGAGGAUUACUCUAAGUUGAUGAUAAAGGAUGACAUCAAAAGAGCAAGCUUUUGGGCAGCAGAUGUUAGCCAUGUCGUCAACGUGGACUCGGUUCCUGAGGUUAAACCGCAGUCGUCACUAAUUGUUGCUAAAGCGAGUUGAGGAACAUCGGCAAGCCAUCUUAUCUGUUAUUGCAGAAGUUGGUUGAGGAGCUUCAGUGAGCCAUUGUGACAGUUCUUGGUACAGCUCUGAAAGAGGAAUGCAUCGAUAUAAGUUGCGGAUGUUUGGAUAAAUAAAUGUAACUGCGGAAUAUCUCGCUUGUGAUGUUACAAAAAUAGUUAUUACAACAAUUCCAUAUUCCCUUGACCAACAAUUUGA